AAGAAGCCUAAAACAGGGAAGCAAUGGCAGACACAGGUCUACUGAAUCUUCAAAUCCAAACCAAACCCUACCAGCAUUGCUCCCUCAACGUCUACGAAACCAACGUCGAGCCUCCUCACCCAUCUGCUCAUCUCAAUGGUGUCAUCUACUUGUAUGUCACGUCAAGACAUCAGGUUGUACUGAGAGACUACCAAGAUGAAGAAAUCUUGCUGAAUGAUGUAACGUCCUCACACUCUGCUACAUUCACCAUGCCUCUCUUCUUCCUUCUACCGGAGUAUAGUGAGGUUUACAUAACCAGCAUGCUGUCGAGAUUCGACGUGGAUGGUGAGACAUGUGAGUGCUUGAGUCCGGUGAUAGCCAGGUAUGCUGUGCCCGUGGCGCGGAAUAGGGGGCUGGGGACGGUGGUGGAGGUGGAGAUUACUAACUGUGAUUACAUUGACGAGAAGGAGAUUGACAAGGAUAUGUGGUUUCAGAAAGAACAAGACCAGGGAGAUAUAGGGAUUUUGGAAUGGGAUUACACAAGAGAAAGAAAGGUUUUUGAGGAAUAGACAAAAGAGGGAUUCUUCUGCUUUGUAGUUUGGUUUAGUUGUUUAUGUGAUAUUUUCUGUAAAUUGUUCAGCUCAUUUUUAUUCCUCUACUUUAAAAAAAAAAAAAACAUAAU